CGGGCGGGCGGCGGGAGCUGCAGGCUGCGGGUCACGUGAGGCCGCGCGGCGUGGGAGGGGACGGGAGCGCGGGGCCGGAGGUCGCGGUGACCGUCGCGGGAAGCGCGCUGGAAGGGGCCCGCGGAGAGGCUCAGAUAGCAAACUCCCAAGAAGAAAAUAAUGGAUUGCACACCAGUUGUUCUCUAAGUGCGUGGCCUCAGCAGUUUGCAGAUUUGUGGCAAAGCCCCAAAGAAAAUGGCAACUCCUUAUGUCCCAGUGCCCAUGCCCAUAGGGAGUUCUGCUGCCAGCUUCGCAACCAGCAGGAACCAAAGAAGUUCCUCUUUGGGGAGCAUCUCAAGCUCGAACUCCUCCAGAGGCCAGCUGGAGGACUCACACACAGGAACCAUGAAACAGACCAGUGCCCCCGGUCAGGGGGACAGCGCUUCCUCCGUCUGCAGCAGCCCCCUCCUCAGGACUAAGUUUAUAAAUGCAGACUCUUGCAUUGAGUAUUCCACCAGACCAAGAGAGAGUGAAGAACAGAAUCCUGAAACAGCAGAUUUGGAAGAUAGGCCUUCGACUCCCACUAUUCUGGGCUAUGAGGUGAUGGAAGAAAGGGCGAAAUUUACUGUAUAUAAGAUACAAGUGAAGAAAAACCCAGAAGAAAGCUGGGUAGUUUUCAGAAGAUACACUGACUUCUCCAGGCUUAAUGAUAAAUUAAAAGAGAUGUUUCCAGGCUUUCGAUUAGCUCUUCCACCAAAACGCUGGUUUAAAGAUAAUUACAACGCCGACUUUUUAGAAGAUAGAAAAUUAGGAUUGCAAGCAUUUCUUCAAAAUUUAGUGGCUCACAAGGACGUUGCGCACUGCCUGGCGGUGAGGGAGUUCCUUUGUCUGGACGAUCCACCGGGGCCAUUCGAUAGCCUGGAGGAAAGCAGGGCUUUCUGCGAAACUUUAGAGGACACAAACUACCGUUUUCAGAAAGAAUUACUGGAAAAACAGAAAGAGGUGGAGUCGCUGAAGAAACUGCUCGGUGAGAAGCAACUUCGUAUAGACACGCUAGAGAGCAGAAUCAGGGCGCUGUGUUCAGACCGGGAGGAGCCGCCCUGGUCAGGCACCGGAGGCCAGCGCGUCCCGAAGGCGGCGGCCCCUGCGCUGGGGGCUGAGCCGGAAGUCCUGGGUGGAGAGAGCAGCGCCCGGAGCCUGCGCAGCGGAAGUGGAGGUGGCCGAAGUGGCCUACGACACCGAGGAGGACUAACCACGGCACUGCCUCCGCUUCUGAGCUCAGCCCCUCCCAGCAGAGCAGCCGGUGUGAAAAGUAAAGAGACUGAAGCAUCCACAGAAAACAGCAAGAACGCGUGUGUAUAAAGUUUACAUAAAGAGAAGUUACUGGGAUAGGAAAUAUAUUCACUGAUGCUUUAAACUCUCUUCUAUUUAAUCUGUGUAUUUAUAGUGUGCAUAAGUUAUUUUGGUGUUUUGCCAGUAUAUCGCCCCAAACUUAUGUGUGUUUAAAUUACCAGUCAUGUUAGUCAGAUGGCAAGGAACUGCAUGUUGCUAUCAUAGACUUCUUUGUGCCUCUGACAUGAUAUAAUUUCCCUGACAGUUCAGGUCAGUGGUGAAGAAUUGUUCUAAAUAUCUACAUGUUUACCAUCUCCAAAUAGAUAUUGCUUAUUUACAGUGUUACUGCUAUUUAAAAGUAGGAAACUUUCUGGUACCAAAGGAAAAUUAUUUGAAAGAGCUGUAAUUACAUAAAAUAGCCUUUAUUUUAAAUAGCCUAUAAUUCAUUAAUAUCAAAAUACUAUACUAAGCAUCCCAGAUUAUUGUUAUACUUGUUUAUUUUCCACAUAAUCUUCAUCUUAAAUCUUUACCUGUAGAUUCAGGAGUUUGCCUCUUUCAGAACACUACCUCUUUUUGCUAAUCAAGGCAUACUCAUUUGAAAGUAGAGAUUCUGAGUAAAUAGGGAGCUGUUAAAAAAAAAAAAGACAUACACAUAUAUAUAUAUACACACACACACUAUAAAGUUUCUAACUAUGUUGGCUCCUGGAAUUCCUUGUUAUUCCCAUAUGUGUACAUAUGUUACUAUAAUCUAUUCUUGGCCGGUUUUCGUUUUAAUAUAUUUAGCCAAGUGAUGCACUUUAUGGUAAUUAAACUCUUCCGUGCCAAGUUGAAGUGGUGAAUUUCUUUAGUGAGUAGAGCGAGGGCCUGCACUUUCUACAAGUCUCCUGGGGUCUGGGAGUCAGCUUCGCGGACAGUUGUCAAAAGUGCCUUGUUCAUUUGUAUGAUAAGAAGUUACUUUAUUUCUACUGUUUUGCAUAUUGCUGUUAAUAAGCAUCGUACUCAUGUUAGCAUUUUGAGAUCCCAGUUGGCAUAUUGAACUCCAUAUACUUUCUGGAAACGGAGGGGAACUUGCCGGGAAAUGGAGUGGCCAGCCCCAUUUCUGUUCAUGGCUGGAAGGUGCCGUGUCUCAGUGACUGUGCUGAGACGGGUUAUUUAAAAUGCCACUCCCACAGAUGGACAGGCCCAGCGGCCGCUGCUGGCCUUUGAUCUGGAAAGGAGGCUGCGUUUUAACCAAGUUCCACACGUGUUAAAGGUCUGUGUCAGAAUGCCACCGGGAGCUCCGUCCCAGGCUGUCUUCCGCAGGGCGGGCCGCAGUGUGCUCUGUCCGGGGCGGCGGACCGCCACCUGCUCCCUCGUCUGAGACAUUUUUCCAGGCUGAAAAGGGUGUAUAGAGACCAGUCAUUUAAAUUAAUAUGAUUUCAGUCGAAUGGAAAUGAUCUUCACUAAAUUCCAGAUAUUAUAACACUACCCAUCUGUUUACAGUGACCCACACACUUGCACAAUCGGGCCUUUCGGAAGAUGGUUAUUAAAGUUUGGGGGGAGUGAAGGAAAACUCAUUGAUUAGGUCAGCCACUAUCACUUUAUCGAAUUUACUUUUUUACUUUUGUAAUGCAUUUGAUUCCCAGUGUGAUGUUUGUUUAAUAAAUUAUUUCUCCGUGCGAC